CCAUUGUGAUGCCCUCACUUCCUAUGUCAAGUGUCCAAUUGGUUAAAUAUAGCAUCCUGACCUCUCUAUUGUAGGCUACCAAGUCAUUGUUUGCUUUGUUUUUUCUUCUCUUUUUUCUUCUCCCUCUUCUUCUCUCAGCGUGAUGGAGGGAGAGGGCCCAGAAGGAAAUCCCAUCGCUGCCUCGUCUCACUCACUUCCUCUGCAAGCAGAGGCGGUAAGCCCAGCGGAUGAUGAUGGUGAUGAUUGUAUCUCAACACUGGGGACUGGGAGCACUAAAGAGACCGCUACACACACAAACAGCAUGGGCCAGCUGAGUCAAGACCACCAGACUGAAGAGGUCCCGGCUAAGACCGCUACCACAGACAACAGCCAGAGCCAAGUAUUCCUUACUCAGUUCGCCACCACCACGGACGACCAAGCCCAGCAACAACCCAAGGAAAGCCUGUCUAACAGUAAACUCUGUGGGUACCUCCUUAAACAAGGGGGUCCCCUGAAGACAUGGAAGUCKCGCUGGUUCACGUACGAGGUGAAGAAGAGCCAGUUGUUUUACUACAGGACGGCACUGGAUGUGACCUCUCUGGGGAGAAUCCAGCUGUGCAGCGCCACGCUUGGAUACCCCCUCCAAGGAGAGCAGGGCACCUUUCACAUCGAGACCCCCGAACGCACCUUUGUCCUCAAGGCAGCUAACCAGGAGGCCAUGAUGUACUGGCUACAGCAGCUGCAGCUGAAGAGAUGGCAGCACCGAGACCAGCUGACAGGAGAGUCCACAAGCCACUGCACUGACCACARGAGACCAGAGRGACAGGGGGAACUACCCACCAACUGCACAGAUUACUUCCUGCCCAAGGUGAAGACCCCGCCAGGCCUCUUCGGCGAGGAGGCCACCAAUCUCCCCGCGCCGCCACAACGGAACCCCCUAAGCAACUUCUCCAUCAAACACCCUCUGAUAGAGAUUCAGAACUCAGUGCACAGUCUGUUUUCCAAGCGGUUCUCCCUGGAGCGGAGUCGGAGUGUGUUCCAUUUGGAGGUGCCUCCUCCCUGGAACCCACUGAACCCCUCCCGGACAGCCCAGAACAGGCUUGAGUGUAUAGGUCCUAGGACUCCCGUUGACCCCCUGACCCCUACACCCCUGCUACUGUUGGUGGACCCCAGGGACCAGCUCUCCCCUGUAGAGGGCAGGUCGUGCCCAUUGCCGUCCCCGAGGAUCAGGAAGAAGACGAGGGGAAGCUGUGCCACCAUGCCUGCUGUGCUCCGGGAAGCUCCUUCAGAAAGCGCAGACAGGACGACCUGCCUCCAGCACGAGAAGCACAUACUGGAUGAGGAUGUCAAGGCCCAGAAGGAGCUGGUGUGGCUCCUACACAAGGCCCUGGAGGUGGCUCAGCUGGAGAAGCGGACGUGCACAGAGUUCCUGGCAGCCGAGGGCGAGCAGGAGCGCCUGGAGCUGCUGAGGCACUACGAGCGUCACGCCGCUGACCUACGACGUCGCUUGGAGGAGUUGAAGGCCGAGGGGGAAGACCUGAGAACGAGCCUAGUCCAGAGGGACGCCCACGUGGCUGAGCUGCAGGAGAACGUGACCCUGAUGAGGAAGAAGAACCACGCAAAACAGGAAGUGAUCCUGAAGCUGUUAGAGAAGGUGUCAGCCUGCAUGGCCGACCCUACACGCACAGUGUCCACCACCAACGGCCUGGAGGCCCAGACCUUCCGCCAGUUAAAUGAGGACACAGAGAACCUCAAGGGUGACAUUGAGGCCUACAAGAUCCAGAACAAGUUCCUGAACUCUGAGAUCUACCAGUUGACCAAGCUAUGGCUCAACAGUUCCGAGCAGGAGAAGAGCCUAAUGGUGAAGUGUGCAUACCUGGAGGCCCGUAACUGUCAGAUAGAGAGUCGUUAUCUGGGCGUACUGGGGAAGCUGCAGGAGAACAAGGCUCUAGAACCGGGCCAGCAGGAGGCUGUGAGGAAACUACAAGGAGAGGACCCACUACAGGGAGACCUGAACGACGUGCUCAAACUCAACCCUGUCAGGGAGCACGACGAGUACGGCUUCAAGAUCAUCCCAGACUACGAGGUGGAGGACAUAAAACUGCUGGCCAAGAUCCAGGCCCUGGAGAUCCGCUCCCACAGCCUGCUGAGGCAGGAGGCCGGGGACAGACUCCUGCUGGGCCGCUGGGCUCAGUACCUGGGAGGCCGCCCGGCCGACAACCUCUGCCCCUCUUCGGAGCUCAAAAGCCUUCUGCGGGGCGGCGUGCCGUGCGAGUACCGCCCACGGGUGUGGCGCUGGGUGGUGAGGGUGCGCACACGCGCACUAUGGGAGCGCCACCCGGAUCGCUACCAGCAGCUGUGCCAGAAGAGCCUUACAUCGCCCCACCAGGCCUCCAGACAGAUCCAGUUGGACCUGUACCGCACUCUCACCACCAAUCAGCACUUCUCCUCACCCUCCAGCCCCGCCCUGCAGCAGCUCCAACGAAUCCUGCUGGCCUUCUCCUGGCAAAACCCAACCAUCGGCUACUGCCAGGGCCUCAACAGGCUGGCAGCCAUAGCUCUCCUGGUGCUGGAGAGUGAGGAGGAUGCCUUCUGGUGUCUAGUAGCUGUGGUGGAGGCCAUCAUGCCCCAGGACUACUACACCAAAACGCUCAUAUCCUCUCAGGCAGACCAGUGUGUGCUAAAGGACUUCAUGGCUGAGAAGAUACCUCGGCUGGCGGCUCACUUUGAGGAGCAUAGCGUGGACGUGUCCCUCAUCACUUUCAACUGGUUCCUCGUGGUAUUCGUAGAGAGCCUGCCCAGCGAUAUCCUCCUGCGAGUGUGGGACGCCUUCCUCUAUGAGGGUACCAAGGUGAUAUUUCGGUAUGCCCUGGCUCUGUUCAAGUACAAAGAGGAGGACAUCUUGAAGAUCCAUGACAGUGUGGAGAUCUACCAAUACCUGCGCUUCUUCGCCAAGACCAUCUCUGAUGGCAGGAAGCUGACCAACAUUGCCUUCAGUGACAUGAACCCGUUCCCCAUGAAGCUGUUGAGGAACCGCCGUGCGCUGCAUCUGGAGCGCCUGCAGGGGGAGCUCAGAGAGCUGGAGGCCCAGCAGAGAGAGUUUGUCACAGAGAGCGCACAACGCAAGGACUUGGACACUAUACUGGUCAGCGAGGACGAUGAGGAGUUGUAGUGACCAUUAGGGACUCUGGACGGCGAUGAAUCCUGUGGACUUACUAGGCAACGGGUUUGAAAUGCCAUCUUGUAGAACAGCGUUUCUCAAACUGAGUCCUGGGGCCCCGUUUUGCACUAGCACUACACAGCUGAUUCAAAUAAUCAAAGCUUGUUGACGAGUUGGUUAUUUGAAUCAGCUGUGCAGUGCUUGGGCAAAAACCAAAACGUGCAUCCUUUGGGGCCCACGGGAUUGAGUUUGGGAAACGCUGUUGUAGACUACGGAAGGGCCGUCUUGUUAGUGGCCCAGCUGGUACAGAUUUGACCCAGGAUACAUUUGUUUUGUGCCUUUAAGGUAAAUAAUGUCAGUUAUGGUCAAGAACACUAAACCUGACCAACCUUAUUCUCACUGAAUCAUUGAAUUAGUAUUAUGUACUGUAUAUGCACUGCCAAAGGGAAUUAAUGCCAAAGACAAUUUACACAUUUACUACAGUAGGUAUUUCAAACUAUGGUCAUGUAGAGUAUUAUACAUUUCAAUUGCAUAUUUUGUCAUGAACUUUGUAGCUACACAAGUGUUAUGAAAUGUAAUAUCAUGUAAUAUUUUAAAUUGUAUAUAACUGC